AUAUAGAUGUACCAAAAGACCGCCAAAAGCUACGUUUCCUCCCUAAAGUUCCUCAAUACCCACCUUCUGUCCGCCCUCCAAAAAUGACGAAGAGGUUGGAUCUAAUUCGCGGUGAAGAAGAAAUCCACAGAGACUUGAUUCAUCAGCAGUAUGGUAUUAUUGCAAAAAGAGGAGGGAUGCUGAAAUUUGGACACCUAGAGAUGAUCCGCAUGGGUAUUGCCAGGAGGAUUGAUGUCAACAAGAUGUUUGCUGUAUGGAGGAUUGAAGCCCCUUGGAAGCCAAUCACUAGAAAAGGUCAAGGGAAGAGAAUGGGCGGUGGUAAAGGAGGAAUUGAUCACUAUGUGACACCAGUAAAAGCAGGCAGAGUCAUUAUAGAAAUGGGUGGCAAAUGCUCCUUUGAAGAGGUAAAACCAGUACUGAAGUUGAUUGCCCAUAAAUUGCCAUUUCCUGCAGAGGUGGUAAGCCAAGAAACACUUGAGGCUUCUCGGUUGGAGGAAGCGCGCCUCGAGAGUGAAAAUAUUAAUCCCUAUACUUUCAAGUAUCUUAUUCAGAAUAAUCUGAUGGGUUGUCACAAUUGGAUCAAAAACAUUGAUAAGCAGUAUUUUGGAAAGUACACUUGAAGCUCUGAGAAAUAUAAUUGUUCACUUAAGCCAUGUAUAGUUUGUACUAUUAAAAGUUAACAAAUACA